AGGGAAUCCGUAACCAUUUUGGCUCAAAACUUUUGCUGCCAGGCCGCGCGUUCGCCGCCAGCCUGCGCCCCGCGGGCGGAUCCGCUCCACCCCCCCUCCCGCCGCGGCGUAGCCAUCGGAAAAGCAGCAAGGCAAUGUCGACGACCACGAUCACGACGACAUUCUCUACCUGGCUAUCUGAGACGGCGGCGCAGGUUGUCAACCCCGAAGACGGAAUCUCCGUCAUCACCGACGAAGUCAGCGGCGACGGCAUGAAGGACCUGCACCUCGGGCACAAUUGGCCGUUGCACAUCAGCACCUUCACAGCGUGGACCGCUGCGGUCGCCGUGAUCACCACCAUCGUCGUGAGCAAGUGCAUGAAGUCGGGCGCCGACGCCGCUGACGAUUUCUUCCUGGGAGGUCGGAGCCUCACGUGGUACAUCGUCGCAGGGUCGCUCAUGCUCACGAACUUGUCCACGGAGCAGCUCGUGGGCCUGAACGGAGUGAUCUUCGCCGACGGCUGCAUGGCGGGCGUGGCCUGGGAGACCUUCGCGGCGCUGGCCAUGUGCCUCACGGCCAUGGUGUUCGUCCCUGUGUACGCUCGCUCGGGCUUCUCCACGACCAGCGGCUUCCUCGGGGAACGCUUCGAUCGGGUGACGCGCACGAUCGUGUCCAUGAUCUUCCUCGUGUACUACGCCUUCGUCACGUGCCCCAUGGUGCUGUACACGGGCGGGCUGGCCAUCCAGACAAUCUUCGAGCUCGAGAGCGUGCCCAGAUGGAUCAUCACUACCCUGAUCGGCGUCCUCGGCUCAAUCUACGCGCUGAGCGGUGGGCUCAAGGCAGUGGCCGUCUCGGACUGCCUCAACGGCGUCGGGCUGAUUAUCUUUGGGGUGUGGGUUCCUGUCGCGGCUCUGUCUAAUAUCGGUGGCGUUUCUUUCCUUUUUCAAUCGGAUAACGUUGGUCACCUCAAGCCAUUCGCCACCCACAGCGAGAUUUGGUCAAAUGAUGCGGGGGCGCGCGUCCAUGGUCCAGUGUCCCUCCCUUGGAGCACACUCGUGACUGGGCUGAUGAUGAUUAACUUGUACUACUGGUCCACCAACCAGUUGAUCGUUCAGCGCGUGCUCGGGGCCCAGUCGCUAGCUCAUGGGCAGAAGGGCGUCAUGUUCGCGGCCACGAUGAAGGUCAUCGGCUUCACAUUCCUCUGCCUGCCCGGCGUGAUCGGGCUGCUGAUGGCCAAGCACGGGACGCUGGUGAACGGCGAGCCCUUCAAGGUCACCAAGGCCGACCAGGUGUACCCCCUCGUGGUGAAGGCGGUCAUGCCGACCUGGUCGCUCGGCCUUUUCGCGGCGGUGCUCCUGGGCAGCGUUCUCUCCACGUACAACUCGGCGCUGCAAUCUGCGUCGACCCUCUUCGGCCUGGAGAUCUACGCGAUCUACAUCAAUCCCAGCGCAGACGCGGCGCUGCAAAAGAAGAUUGCCACGUUCUUCGGCAUCGCCUUGUCCCUCUUCUCUUACGUAUUGGCUCCGCAACUGAACAAGUUUGAGAGCAUAUUCGAAUAUCUGCAGAAGAUCAACGCGAUGACGGCCCUUCCUAUCGUGACCGUUUUCUGUGUUGGGCUCGCCACAAGGUUGCCCGACGCGUUCGCUGCCAAGAUGGGUUUCGCCGUAGGCGUGGUUACCUAUGGUGGGUGCCAGUUCGUGAAGAGCCCCCCAGCCCCGCAUUAUUUGCACCUGUUCGCGAUUUGCUUCGUCGGCUCAGUCUUGACGAUGCUGGCCGCCACGUACAUCAGCCCUCUCAGGAAGUGUUUUUGCCAGUCCCCGGAGCCCACGCCGUGCCCAGAUAAGAAGGCUGCCAACGUGGUCGACAUCACGCCGUGGAGGGGGCUCCUGCCGUAUUGCGGGGUGAUCACAGUGUUGGUGGCGCUCAUCUCAGUCGCCCUGCAGGUGGGGAGCAAGGUGCUCUUCUACGCCUUCUGGAUCGCGUGGGUUGGCGCCCUGCUGAUGCUGAUCUUUGUGCUGCGGGCGGAGUCAGGCAUGGGCGAGGAGCUCGCCUGCACCGGGGGGGAGAGCGAGGACAGCACCGACUCCUCCAGCGAGUCCAGCGAGUGAGCGGGGACUGUUUUUGUCAUGUCGGUUUUGCGCGUGGCGUUCGCGAUAAAACGGCCGUGCUCGAGGGGUGAAGGAAGUGGGGUCGGAUAUCGGAGGGGGCGACGACCAUGAUGAGGUGGUUUUGGAGAAUGCUCGGUGAAUACAAGGGGGCGCAGCGCUCGACGCCGCCCUCUUGCCCCGCACUUUAUCAACCAUUUCAACGACGGCGUCUGACGCGAACCUCGGGCGCGCCCUUGGGUUCGUCUCCCCUUCCCCCUGUUCUCCUCAACCCUCUGCCCUCCGCCGAACACGCAUGGCCCCUCUUCUCCUCCCUCCCCCCCUGUUCCUUCUCGCAUCCUCGCCUACGGCCGUUUCUUGAAGUAGUCCACCAAAUCUGCGGGCUGCGUGGGCGCUCUGCAGGGUAUCCUAGGAGGUGACAUCCUGCAGACUUCUUUUAAUUGUGCCGUUGUGGGCAGCACCAGCGUGUAAUUUUGAUCGUCGUUUCGCUCCCUCUCCUCAUAGCACUCCCUUGAUCUUAACUGGCGCGCUCUUCCCGCCCAUUUCUCGCUGGCCCUCGCGCGUGCGCAUGCGCGGGCGCUGCCCACCUCGAAGUUUUUGAGUUGGGAUACGCCUGGUUUCCACUGUCGCACCGUUUGGCUGUAGCUGUUUCCCCCCGCCUGUUUCGCAUCUCCCCUAUCUUACUCACAUACCUUACUCUCCAUAUCAUCUUCCCCACGGCUGCAUCAGGAUGUGUGAGCCAGCUUGUGCCUUGGAGACGCCACAGGGCAGCAGCAGACCGAACAUUGGCAUGUGUUUUGUCUAUUACCAGCUUUCUUUCGGAUUGCCCGAAGCAGGGUGUGCGACAACAA